AAAAUUCAUGUCUACUAAAUAUUUUUGGACAAUAAUCCCACUUCAAUCUAUCAUUUUCAAAAUCAACUCCUCAUUUUAAACUUUCUAUCAAUUUCAUAGCUUUCGGAGAAACCACGCAACACUGCAAAUCUCAGAACUCAGACUACUUCUCCUUUGUUAAUCGUGAGAUGUCGAGGUUCGUUUCUUACUCCAAUUUUCUAUCUUCCUCUCACUCACACUCUCCGUUUAGGGUUUUCUCUCACUCUCUCCAUCGAUUCAUUCCCAAUAAUGUUAAUGUCGAUGAUGCCGUUCUCUCAUUCCACCGCAUGCUAACAAUGCGUUCUACGCCAUCCAUUCUUGAAUUUAACAAGAUUUUAGGUUCCCUUGCUAGGACUAACAAUCAUUACGCCACUGCCAUUUCCCUUUUUCACCAAUUGGAACUCAACCAAGUUAAACCAUGUAUUAUUACUUUAAACACUCUCAUCAAUUGUUAUUGCCACACUCGUCAGAUGGGUUUUGGCUUUUCUAUAUUAGCUAAGAUUCUCAAAAUUGGCUAUCAGCCUGAUACCAUAACUUUGAAUACUCUUAUCAAAGGUUUGUGUCUUAACGGAAAGGUUCAUGAAGCUCUUCACUUUCAUGACCAUGUGGUUGCACAUGGAUUAAGGCUGGACCGAAUUAGUUAUCGUACGUUAAUCAACGGGUUGUGUAAAAUGGGGGAAACAAGAGCCGCCAUGAAAAUGUUGAGACAAAUUGAUGGGAAGUUGGUCAAUGUGGAUGUGGAAAUGUACAACAUGAUAAUUGAUAGUUUAUGUAAAGGUAAGUUUGUAACGGAAGCCUAUGAGUUAUAUUCUGAAAUGAUUGCAAAGAAAAUUUCUCCCGAUGUUGUCACUUUCAACGCUCUUAUUUAUGAAUUUUGCAUUGUUGGUCAAUUGAGAGAAGCAUUUGGCUUGUUCCAUGAAAUGGUAUCAAAAAACAUCAACCCAGAUGAUUAUACCUAUAACAUAUUGGUUGAUGCUCUUUGUAAGGGAGGAAAUGUGAAAGAAGCUAAGAAAAUGUUUGCCGUGAUGAUGAGAAAAGGUGUAACACCUGAUGUUGUUACAUACAAUUCAUUAAUCGAUGGGUAUUUCCUAGUUAAUGAAGUGAACAAGGCCAUAAACAUAUUCUAUACUCUGGCUCGAAGGGGAGUGGCUCCUACUGUUCGUUCUUAUAAUAUAAUAAUCAAUGGAUUAUGCAAGAGUAAAAUGGUGGGUGAGGCCAUCAAUCUCUUCAAAGAAAUGGGUAGCAACAAUAUUAUUCCUAAUCUGAUGACUUACAAUCUCCUUAUUGAUGGCUUGUGCAAAUCAGGGAGAAUCUCCUAUGCUUGGGAGCUUGUUCAUGAGAUGCAAGAGAAUGGUCAACCAACCGAUAUAUUCACUUACAAUUCUUUAAUACAUGCUCUAUGCAAAAACCAUCAUGUUGACAAAGCUAUUGCAUUAGUCAAGAAAUUUAAAGACCAGGGCAUUCAACCUAAUAUGUGCACAUACAAUAUACUUAUAGAUGGGCUAUGCAAAGGAGGACAACUUAAGAACGCACAAGAUGUUUUUAAGGAUCUUUUGAUUAAGGGUUAUAGUUUAGAUAUCCAAACGUAUAAUAUUAUGAUCAAUGGACUUUGUAGAGAGGGCUUGUUUGAUGAAGUAGAGGCCUUGUUCUCCAAAAUGGAAUACAGUGGUAUCAUUCCUGAUGCUAUAACUUACGAAACUAUUAUCCGUGCUCUCUUUGAUAAAAAUGAGAAUGAAAAGGCAGAGAAACUUCUCCGUGAAAUGAUUACUAGAGGUCUUCUUGAAGAGUAACUCUAGAUUUUACAGAUGAUGGAGUCCUCACUUUCCUGUUCUGUAUCUCAAUGGUUUGAGAGAACAGCAUCUCACAAGAUUCACACAUUGGAACUGGAGAGGAUCAUGAAAUGCAGCGGAGCAGUAUCAAAUGUUAUGGAACAUUUCACCUUCUGAUAAAGUACAUGAGAAGUUGGUUAUCUCUGUAUCUGAAGCAUAAGUCAUGUUUAGAGAACUUAAAGGGUGUGCCGAAAGGAUGAAGUGGAUGCAAGUUUUCAAAGGAAAAUGUAAGACCUCUCUUUUACAUAGUUAUUGAAUUCCAAACAAUCUAGUUAUGAGUACCCUGAUGUAUGUAUUCUUUGAGUCUAUAUUAAUUAUCUAACUUCAAUUAGCGUGAACUGUCAUAGUAAAUAAGUAUAGAAUUUUAUAUGUAAAUGAGAUAGAGAAAACAAAUGUAGUUAAAUCAAUUUUAUGAUUCUUUGACAAAGAAUAUCAUAACACCAGUGUCACCUGUCUUUUUUUUUAUAAAUGAAGGCAAGAGCAAGUUUGAAACACGUACCUUUAGAUAUAAAAGGGUUAAUUAAACGUCUAUAAUAUAAACAUUUAUAAUAUAAAUCAUUUUUCAAAAAUCGAUACAACAAAGUCAAAUUAUCUUCGUAUAUAUUAUUUUUGAUGAACAAUCAUAAAGAGUUUAUGGAAGUAAUAAUGUGUAACUUUAUAGUUAUAUAUGAAUAUGAGUAUUAAAGGUGUAUUUUCAUUUUUAUUAUUUUGUAUACAUCAGGUUUAUAUGAAUGCCUUUGUUCUCUUUUGGAGAAUUCAGCAUGCCACCCUUAAAAUUAUAUCUGGCACUUUUACAAUUUUUCUUAAUGCCAAAAGUAUUCCUUUUAAAUA